AUGUUACCUCUUUCUCUUCCUAAGCAGGCACCUAAACCGGUCCUGGCAGCGCAACCUCAUACUGCUCAGAAGAAAGAACCUGAAGUCAAACCUUCGGCACUGACCUACCCAGUCUUUCAGGGUGGGAUGGAGGAAGAGCUCCUUUUUUCCCCUCCUUAUCAAACCCUUUCAGCAGGUACUGCAGCUGGAGAGGGUGCACUGCCCCAAGUGCCGGACGGCGGUGGGGCAAUGAAAGCCACAGGUCCGGCAGCCAGCACCUGUGGAAGAAUGCAGCGCACAGCCCCCUCUAGUGGACCAGCAGAUUCCACGGUCUUGCUGUUGCGGGCCACAGGGCCCGCAGACCCCGCAGACGCAACCGGUAACCAGCAGCUUCACUAUUGGCCUUUUGCCACCAGUUACCUGUACAAUUGGAAAACUCAGAAUGCCAAGUUCUCAGAUAAUCCCAGAGAUUUAACUGACCUCCUAGAAACUAUUUUGUUUACUCAUCAGCCUACCUGGGACGAUUGUCAACAGCUCCUCCAAAUUUUAUUCACUACCAAGGAACGUGAGAGGAUCCAGAUGGAAGCCCGGAAAUCUGUUUUGGGAGAUAACGGGCAACCCACUACCAAUAUAGAUGUGAUUAAUGCCACCUUCCCUUUGACUCAUCCUAAUUGGGACUGCAACACGACUGAAGGUAAGGAGAGACUCUGGGUGUACCGUCAGACUUUAAUGGGAGGUCUCAGGGCAGCUGCAAGAAAGCCCACCAAUUUGGCUAAGGUAGGUGACGUACAGCAAGGGAAGAAUGAAAGUCCUGCCACUUUCUUAGAAAGAUUAAUGGAAGCAUUUCAUCAAUAUACCCCCAUGAAUCCAGAAGUGCUUGAAACUAAAGCUGCACUAAUCAUGGCUUUUGUGAAUCAAGCAGCCUCAGACAUUAGGAGAAAAUUACAAAAAAUUGACAGACUAAAUGAAAAAAGUAUUCAGGAUUUAAUGUUAGUUGCAGAAAGGGUAUAUAAUCACAGGGAAAGUCCAGAAGACCGAGAGGCCAAGGCGCUAGAAGCAGCCAGUGACCGGAACACUCGGAACCUUGCAAAAAUCUUACUUGCCUCAACAACCGGGAGCAUCCGAGAAAGAGAACAACAACUGCAGAAAAUUGCAAAAUACCAAGUGGAGGGGACGCCAAUUGAUAUCCUGGUGGACACCGGGGCACAGCAUUCAGUCUUACUUAAACCCCAAAGAAAACUGUCUAAUAAAACCUCCUGGGUUCAGGGGGCUACAGGAACAAAUCAAUAUUCAUGGACUACCCGAAGAACAGUGGAUCUCAGUGUGGGUCAGGUAUCCCACUCAUUCAUGGUAAUUCCAGAAUGCCCCUAUCCACUUCUUGGGAGAGAUAUACUAACCAAAAUAGGAGCACAAAUCCACUUUCAAAACGGAGGGGUAACCAUUAUGGACAGUAAGGGCCAGCCUAUUCACGUGUUAACUGUAAACCUGGAAGAUGAAUAUAGGCUCCACAAAAACCCCCCUCCUUCUCCAUCUGAGAAUAUAGAACAGUGGUUAUUAGCCUUUCCUAAAGCAUGGGCUGAGACUGGAGGUAUAGGGUUAGAUAAACAUAGGCCACCAGUUUAUGUAGAAAUUAAAUCUGGAGCAGACCCAGUCAGAGUCCGCCAGUACCCUAUAACACGAGAAGCCCGGGAGGGCAUAACCCCCGAUAUCCGGCGCCUAUUAAAAUUAGGAAUACUCUGACCCUGUCAGUCCGCCUGGAACACCCCUGUUCGAAAACCUCAUUCUAAUGACUAUAGACCAGUACAAGACCUCCAAGAAGUCAAUAAACAAGUCAUGGAUAUUCACCCUACUGUCCCUAACCCAUACACCCUCCUUAGUUCUUUACCUCCAGAUUACCAGUGGCACUCAGUCUUAGACCUUAAAGAUGCUUUUUUCAGUCUACCACUGGCCCCAAAGAGCCAGGACCUAUUUGCCUUUGAAUGGACUGACCCGAUAGAAGGCAUUAGCGGAUAACUGACCUGGACGAGGUUACCUCAGGGGCUCAAAAUUUCGCCCACAAUUUUUGAUGAAGCACUACACGAAGACCUGGGUAAGUUCCGAUCCAACCACCCCGGUCUUACACUGUUACAAUAUGUAGAUGAUCUCCUAGUUGCUGCAGCAGACUACGAGACCUGCCUCCAAAGAACUGGAGACCUGCUCCAAACACUAGGAGAUAUGGGGUACCGAGCCUCAGCCAAAAAUGCUCAACUUUGCCAGCCCGAGGUCCAUGGUUGUGUCGACAUUCUGGCUCAAGUGCACAGAACCUGGGCUGACCUACAAGACACACCCUUACCAGAUGCCAAGGUUACCUGGUAUAUGGAUGGGAGCAGCUUUGUGCAUGAUGGACAAAAGUAUGCAGGGGCGGCAGUGGUGACGGAAACUGCAAUAGUUUGGGCUGAACCGUUACCGGCAGGAACAUUGGCUCAACGAACUGAACUCAUAGCAUUGACCAAAGCCCUAACUUUGGGAAAAGACAAAAAGUUAAAUAUUUAUACAGACAGUCGUUAUGUGUUUGCCACAGCACAUAUUCAUGGGGCAAUUUAUCGGGAAAGGGGGCUACUAACGGUGGAAGGGAAGACAAUUAAGAACAAAAACAAGAUCCUAGAUCUACUAGCUGCCCUGUGGCUCCCAAAGAAACUUGCCGUCAUUCAUUGUCCAGGGCACCAGAAAAUCACCACCCCAAUUACCCAAGGCAACAAUCUAGCAGACCAAACCUCCCGAGAAAUUGCGCUGUCUACCAACCUAGUAUUAACUUCCAAUCUACCUGAUUCUGGAAGUCCCACCUUACCUGCAAACCCCAACUACACAGAGGAAGACUUGAAAUGGAUUAAAAAAUUACCUGGAACUCAGUAUGUAAGCAAUUGA